AAACAACAAUGGUGGCAAAUAAAAGUGCCAGUGUUUCACCUGAACGGUUGACUCGAGAAGAUGUGUGUCGGGUACCAGAGACCAUUUCAUUUCCUGGCGAGGAGGAGAACAUCCUAAAUGAAUGGAAGGCCAAUAAGACAUUUGAGAAGUGUAUGCAACUGUCGAAAGGAAAACCCAAAUAUACUUUCUAUGAUGGCCCACCAUUUGCCACGGGUCUUCCUCAUUAUGGUCAUAUUUUGGCCGGUACCAUUAAAGACAUUGUCACCCGCUAUGCGUAUCAGCAGGGUUACCACGUGGAUCGCCGUUUCGGCUGGGAUUGUCACGGUUUGCCGGUAGAAUUUGAAAUUGACAAAACCCUAAACAUCAAAGGCCCUGAGGAUGUAGCCAAAAUGGGUAUUGCCGCGUACAAUGCUGAAUGCCGGAAAAUUGUAAUGCGCUACGCCAAUGAAUGGGAGAGUAUUGUAACACGUAUGGGUCGUUGGAUUGAUUUUAAAAAUGAUUAUAAGACUUUGUAUCCAUGGUAUAUGGAAUCCAUAUGGUGGGUGUUUAAGCAACUAUAUGAUAAGGGUUUGGUCUAUCAAGGUGUUAAAGUAAUGCCUUAUUCAACCGCGUGUACAACUGCGCUGUCGAAUUUUGAAUCCGGUCAAAAUUAUAAAGAAGUUGUUGAUCCCUGUGUUGUGGUUGCCCUGGAGGCUAUUGGUAAUGAAAAUACCUAUUUCUUGGUAUGGACGACCACACCCUGGACAUUGCCAUCGAAUUUUGCAUGCUGUGUCAAUCCGAAUAUGAUUUAUGUUAAGGUAACCGAUGUCAAAACAGGUCGUUUCUAUAUCUUAGCUGAAUGCCGUCUCAGUUAUGUGUAUAAAAACGAAUCGGAAUAUCAAAUUGUUGAAAAGUUUGCUGGUAAAACUUUGGGUGGUGCCCACUAUAAACCACUGUUCCCCUAUUUUGCAAAGCGUGGCGAAGAAGUUCGGGCAUUCCGUGUUUUGGUUGAUGAUUAUGUUACCGAAGAUUCUGGUACUGGUAUUGUACAUAAUGCCCCCUAUUUUGGUGAAGACGAUUACCGUGUUUGCUUGGCUGCCGGACUCAUUACAAAGUCGAGUGCUGUCAUUUGCCCACUAGAUGAUUCGGGACGUUUCACUGAAGAAGUUACCGAUUUCAAGGGUCUCUAUGUUAAGGAAGCUGAUAAACAAAUUAUUGCAUUUUUGAAAAAUAGCGGCAAAUUGGUAUCAUCAGGCCAAGUGAAACAUAGUUAUCCAUUCUGUUGGCGUUCGGAUACCCCGUUGAUUUAUAAGGCAGUGCCAUCGUGGUUUGUGCGUGUGGAACAUAUGUCUAAGAAUCUUUUGGCUGCCAGUUCUCAAACCUAUUGGGUACCCGAUUUCAUUAAGGAGAAACGUUUUGGUAAUUGGUUGAAGGAGGCACGUGAUUGGGCCAUUAGUCGUAAUCGUUAUUGGGGUACCCCCAUACCAAUUUGGAGAAAUAACGAAGAAAUGAUCUGUGUGGGUAGCAUCAAGGAAUUGGAACAAUUGUCGGGACAACGUAUAACGGAUUUACAUCGUGAAUCUGUCGAUGCCAUUGAAAUACCCUCUGCCAUUCCCGGCAAUCCACCAUUGAGACGUAUCACCCCGGUAUUUGAUUGUUGGUUUGAAUCGGGUAGUAUGCCCUUCGCCCAACAGCAUUUCCCCUUUGAAAAUGAAAAAGAUUUCAUGUCGAAUUUCCCGGCCGAUUUCAUUGCCGAGGGUAUUGAUCAGACGCGCGGUUGGUUCUACACUUUGUUGGUCAUUUCGACGGCCUUGUUCAAUAAGGCACCGUUUAAGAAUUUAAUUGCCAAUGGUUUGGUCUUGGCUGCCGAUGGUCAAAAGAUGUCGAAGAGGAAGAAGAACUACCCCGAUCCAUUGGAGGUGGUGACCAAAUAUGGUGCUGAUGCUUUGCGUUUGUAUCUCAUCAAUUCACCUGUGGUGCGGGCCGAAAGUUUACGUUUCAAGGAGGAGGGUGUACGCGACAUUAUCAAGGAUGUAUUUUUGCCAUGGUAUAAUGCCUAUCGGUUCCUGUUGCAAAAUAUCGCCCGUUUCGAAAAAGAGGAUUUGCAAAAUAAGGGUCUGUACACCUAUGAUAAGGAACGUCAUUUGAAAAAUAUCGACAAGGCUUCGGUUAUUGAUAUUUGGAUAUUGUCGUUCAAGGAGUCGCUGUUGGAAUUCUUUGCCACCGAAAUGAAGGGUUAUCGUUUGUAUACUGUGGUGCCCAGGUUGACCAAGUUUAUUGAUCAAUUGACUAAUUGGUACGUUCGUUUGAAUCGCCGCCGCAUCAAGGGUGAAAUGGGCAAAGAUGAAUGCAUCCAAUCACUGGAUACUUUGUAUGAUGUCCUCUUCACCAUGAGCAAAAUGAUGGCACCAUUUACCCCCUACCUGGCCGAGUACAUCUUCAAACGUUUAGUGCUGUUCCAACCCAAGGGUGCCAGUGAAAACAUCGAUUCUGUACAUUUCCAAAUGAUGCCCACCUCUAAUCGCAAAUUCAUUCGUUCCGACAUUGAAAAAUCAGUCGGCCUUAUGCAGGCCGUCGUGGAGCUGGGUCGUGUUAUGCGUGAUCGCCGCACACUGCCCGUCAAAUACCCUGUCUCCGAAAUCAUUGUCAUUCACAAAGAUCCCAAAUGCUUGGAAGCCAUUAAGAGCCUUCAAGAUUUCAUUCUUAGUGAAUUGAAUGUACGCAAAUUGACCCUGAGUUCGGAUAAGGAGAAAUAUGGUGUCACCUUGCGUGCCGAACCCGAUCACAAGACAUUGGGUCAACGUUUGAAGGGCAACUUCAAAUCGGUUAUGGCUGCCAUCAAAGCCCUUAAGGAUGAAGAAAUUCAAAAAUAUCUUAGCCAAGGUUAUUUCGAAAUCGAAAAUCAGCGUGUCGAAUUGGAUGAGGUACGUGUCAUCUAUUGUAUCUCCGGCCAGGUGGGUGCCAAUUUCGAGGCCCACAGUGAUAAUGAAGUAUUAGUCCUGCUGGAUGUUACACCCAACGAGGAGCUCUUGGAAGAAGGUCUGGCCCGUGAAGUUAUCAAUCGUGUACAAAAGCUCAAGAAGAAAGCCCAAUUGAUACCCACUGAUCCCGUCUUGAUUUACUACGAAUUGAAUGCCCCCGCUGCCAAGAAGGCGGACGCCGAACAAAUCCAAAAGGUUAUGAAUAAAUACAAUGGCAUGAUUAAGACCACCAUUAAGUCCGAAUUUGUUAAAUACAAUGCCGAUGAGGCGGGUAAAAAACGUCUCAUCAUUUCCGAAUCUGUUGAUCUCAAGGGUAUUGAUCUAAAACUCACCAUUUGCUCAACCGAAGAGGUUCAACUACCCCAAUUGAAAUGGCUUAACUUAGUACUGGCCGCAGACAUGCAACCACGUUUUGGCAGAUCCAAUAAGGCAUCACUGCUACUUGAGGAUUCGGUUAGCAAAAAAUUCAUUACCUUCGAACAGCUGAGGCAGGAAAUUGAUGUUCUCUUUGGCACCUACGGUAUAAACUAUAAUAUCUAUUUGGUGGAUAAACAAAAGGCAAUUGAGGUGACAAGUGUGGACGCCUCCUUGCAUGGUAAACUUUUAAUAAUUGCCAAGUCCGCGGAGGAGGCAGUGAAAUUGCCUCAAGAUGCAGCAGCCACAAUGCCCUAUUGUAAAUUUGUAAAUAAAUCGGGAACCACGGUAUUCACAGAAAAUCCUUUGGGUUUUACAUUGGCUGCCUAA